AUGUACAUACAAAAGUUCAGUACGAGUAUAUAUGCUCAAUGGAUCGCUGAGGUGCGCAAACCGUCACACCACGGUAAGGUCCAGUCUCUUCGUGACGGAGAGGGUGCGUCAGCGGAGAAUAUUGAAACUUUGUUAGGCUAUGGCUCGACAACUAACCCAAAUGUGCCAAACAAGAGCCCACCCGCGGAAAUGCUUUCCGGGCGUAAAAUCCGUUUACCCAUAGAUGUAGUGUUACGCACUCGAAUGAAUGUGCCAGAAAUAGAGAACGAAGAUUGCCGGAUGACUGGCUUUAAUCUUCUAACAAUUUCAGUACAUCAGCUAAAACAUUAG